AGCAGUUGCAUGCCACGCCUCUGCGUGAAGAAUGUCAGAGUCAGAUUGAAGCAAGUUGAAGGAACAUAUUUGUUGGCGAAGCACAAUUCCUUGGCGGAGAAGAAGGAACAGAGAAAAUGGCUUAUCAUAAUCAGUACCGACCACCUCAAUAUAACAGCGCGCCGCCAGAUCAAGGUUUUCUGUGGAAUAUAUUUCAGAGGGUUGACAAGGACAGAAGUGGUUCCAUAUCAGACACAGAGCUCCAGCAGGCGUUAUCGAACGGUACAUGGACGCCUUUCAAUCCAGUGACUGUCCGAUCUAUUAUUGCCAUGUUCGACAGGGACAACAAAGGAGGCGUGAACUUCAACGAGUUCGCCGGUGUGUGGAAGUACAUCACGGACUGGCAGAACAUCUUCCGCACAUACGACCGCGACAACUCGGGCUUUAUCGACAAAAACGAGCUCAAGCAGGCCCUCACUGGCUUCGGUGAGCAAAGUUACCGGCUAUCGGAUCAGUUUUACAACACACUCAUAGAGAAGUUUGACCGCCAGCGAAAGGGACAAGUGGCCUUCGAUGACUUCAUUCAGUGCUGUAUAGUACUACAGAGGUUGACCGACGUGUUCCGGCGGUAUGACACAGACCAGGAUGGCUGGAUCCAAGUGUCCUAUGAGCAGUACCUCUCAAUGGUAUUCAACAUCGUAUAGCACACAACGGGAGAGAGCGAGAGAGAGAGAGAGAGAGAGCGAGAGCGUAUACAUAAAACUGGACACAGUACGUGCCAAAAGGAAAAACAAAACACAGAGAUCCUCCACCAAUGGUCUUCCACAACAAGAUGACCAGAACACAUCACAUCUGGGUUAUGGGGUGGGAAAUAAGAACUUUUGAAAUCAAUCUGCUUGUAAGUGGUCACUGUAUUGUAUUUCUUAAUGUUGUUUGUCUUAACAAAACAAAAAAUCACAGACAUUUCUGAAAUGUCUGUAAGUCUGUGUUAAAAUGAAAAAAAAACAUACAUUGUAAAUACCAUCUUUAGAAUAUGUUCGCAUGCUUGUGUGACCUCCACAGUCAACGUCAAAAAAAAGCAUGAACUAAUAUUUUUCUGGAGGUAUACUUUUGCCGAAGCCAUGUUUACAAAGACAUACUGUGAAAGCAGGGUUGUGCUACGCCAUGGAAGACCUGCUUUUGACUUCACUGACAUGCCAGCUACGCCAUGUUUGUAAAGACUUCUAUUUUUAACCUGCAAAAGUACAGUAAGACAGCGUCAUAUUUUAGGUAGGGUGACCAUAAGGCUUUUUGUAUGGCUUAUUAUUUUGUGCAUGAUGCCUUAAAACUGUAAAAAGGUGCAAACAAAAAAGCUCUUUUAUUAAAAAAGUAAAACAUUUGGAAAGCCAUAUUAAAAAUAUCUUGUCUCCUUAUGUUAUUCAUUAUGUAUCAAAAUAUUAUAAAAAAAAAUAUGGUGAACACUAGGUUGUAAUGGAUAGAGGAAGAUUGUAUGGUCAUAUUAUUUAUAAAAUGACUGAUGUUGUAGGCCUUUUCAGUGUCUGUGACAAUGUCAUUGAUAAUUACAUUAUAAUUAUCACACUCUAAUGUCACUACUGAAAUGAUACAGGCCAUAACAUGUAGGCUACCAUUCUGUUAUAUGCAAUUACUCGACAAACUGUACAGAUAAAUGCAUAAGGGAUGGAUGUCUGUGAACCUAUUUAAAAAUGAUUGUUAAACCACAGCUCAACUUUGCCCUCAAGUGCAAGAUUUGAUAUUACACCCAAUAAAGCACAGAACCUUCGUUCCUAA